AUGGCCGUCCGCGUGCAAGUGGCGCUGAUGAGUGGCAGAUCAGUGGAAGUUGUGGCCGAACCCUCCAUGACCCUGGAUGAAGUAAGGCUGCGGGCACAGCAUGGUCUGGGUGCAAAGAAGGGUGCCCUCUACAAAGCAUCUGGAGAGUUGCUGCCAGGGGCCACGAGGGUUUCUCAAGCGUGUCUUCAGGAUGGUGAUGCUCUGCUGUUGCAGAUCCUCCGGCCCAUCCAGCAUGUACGGAACUUUGCUGCGGAAGCUGAGAUCCAGAGCGAUGGCUCCGUGGUAACUUGGGGCGAGGCCGCGUGUGGAGGCGACAGCACUGCAGUUCAGAGGCAGCUGAAAAAGAAUGUGCAACAUGUCUAUGCUACUUCGGCAGCAUUUGCCGCCCUCCUGUUUGAUGGGUCUGUUGUAGCCUGGGGCAAUGGACGGGCAGGUGGCGACAGCAGCCAGGUCCAGUACCAGUUGAAGAAUGUGCAGCAGAUUUUCGCUACGAAUUCUGCUUUUGCAGCUCUUCGGCAUGAUGGAUCCGUUGUGACGUGGGGCCAGUCGCAAGUGGGUGGCGACAGCAGCGCCGUGCAGCCGGAGCUGAAGAAUGUGCAGACUGUCUGCGCAACAACCAGCGCCUUUGCCGCUCUUCGAGGCGAUGGAUCUGUUGUGACCUGGGGCAGUGAAGCUUCUGCGGGAAGGCCUUCGAAGAUCACAAAUGUAAAGUCGGUCCAUGCAACAAGUAGUGCAUACGCAGCGCUGUUGCGCAAUGGGUCUGUUGCUACCUGGGGGAAUCCACAACUUGGCGGUUGCAGCCGUGCAGUGCAGAAAAAGCUCAAGAAUGUUCAGCAAAUCCAUGCAACCCGCUCCUCGUUUGCGGCCUUGUUGGACGACGGAUCUGUUGUGACCUGGGGAGACGACACGGAGACCGAUUCCCAACAGCAGCCACAGCACGUCCAGCGCAUCUAUGCCAACAGCACAGCCUUCGCAGCUCUUCUGACUGAUGGGUCUGCUGCAACUUGGGGUUGUCGCCUGAAGUACAACGAAGCGUUUGUUUCUCCAGACCAGCUGAACAACGUGCAGCAGAUUGCUAUGACUGACAGCGCGUUUGCAGCUUUGCGGCAGGAUGGAUCGGUCGUGACUUGGGGCCGUAAGGACUGCGGUGGUGACAGCCAUGCUGUUGAAAGCAUGUUGAGGAGCGUCAAGCAGAUCUGUGCUACCUUCUCCGCGUUUGCAGCUCUUCGACACGAUGGGUCUGUUGUCACCUGGGGUGAUUGUGCCUACGGAGGCAGCAGCUGCUCUGUCCAAGAGAAGCUGAAAGGUGUUGGGGAGAUUCGCAGCACUCCCUUGUCCUUCGAGGCUCAUUUUGCCGAUGGAACAUGCGUGCGGUGGGGACGCGUGAGUGGCAGCCGCAAACGCUGCCGAGAGGAAUAA